GGAGCCCUGCAUUUUGCCCUGUCCGUGCCUGGAGGGGAGUCGUCGCAGGUGGAGGCAGUGAAAUUUGCGGCUGCAGCCGCGGUGGUGGCAGUCGGCGUGCCGAUCGCCGCUGUCGCCGGGGCAGCGGCAUUGUUCAGUGUUUUGGCGCAAAUCCAGGAGGGGCAGGUGCAGAUCCAGGAGAAACUCAGGGAGGAAUUCAGGGGGUCGCAGCGCGAGCUCACAGCUGUGAUCCUUGGCCAGCAGGAGGUGCAGAAGCAGACUGCACGCGUCGAUGCGCAGGCGAGCCGCAUCGACACCCUUGCGGGGCCUGGCAGCCAGAGCGGGCGCGACGGCAAGCCUUGCUGA